UAGUGUGCCCAGAUCACAAGAAAAGGGGAGUGAAAUUGAUUGAUUUUCUGAUAAAGAUUUUUCUCGCUUUUGCUUCGUGGGUGCGAAUUUCCUUGGCUUGAACUUUUCCAAAGUAAUCCUUCAGCAGCAGACAUCGCACAAAAUGAUUGGUGGUUUGUUUGUCUACAACCACAAGGGUGAGGUCCUUAUCUCGCGCGUCUACCGUGACGAUAUCGGACGCAAUGCUGUGGACGCCUUCCGGGUCAACGUCAUCCAUGCCCGUCAGCAAGUGCGAUCCCCAGUAACGAACAUCGCUCGCACCAGCUUUUUUCACAUCAAGCGUGCCAACAUUUGGCUGGCCGCUGUAACCAAGCAGAAUGUUAAUGCUGCCAUGGUCUUUGAGUUCUUGCUGAAGAUUAUCGAAGUGAUGCAGUCGUAUUUCGGUAAGAUCUCCGAGGAAAACAUUAAAAAUAACUUUGUGCUCAUCUACGAACUGCUGGAUGAGAUUCUGGACUUUGGGUAUCCGCAAAAUACCGAUUCAGGCACCCUAAAGACCUUCAUCACACAACAGGGUAUUAAGUCGGCCACCAAGGAGGAGCAAAUGCAGAUAACCUCUCAGGUGACUGGUCAGAUUGGUUGGAGACGCGAGGGCAUCAAAUACAGACGGAAUGAACUGUUCCUUGAUGUGCUCGAGUAUGUUAACUUGUUGAUGAGUCCCCAGGGUCAGGUGCUGUCGGCUCAUGUGGCUGGCAAAGUCGUUAUGAAGUCGUAUCUGUCAGGCAUGCCCGAGUGUAAGUUCGGUAUCAACGACAAAAUCGUCAUGGAAUCCAAGGGCCGCGGUCUUUCUGGCAAUUCGGAGGCGGAAACUUCACGUUCCGGCAAGCCGGUAGUCGUUAUUGAUGAUUGCCAGUUCCAUCAAUGCGUCAAACUCAGUAAAUUCGAAACGGAGCAUUCCAUUAGCUUCAUACCGCCGGACGGUGAAUUCGAACUGAUGCGAUAUCGCACCACAAAAGAUAUUUCAUUGCCAUUCCGUGUUAUACCACUGGUCCGUGAGGUCGGCCGCACCAAGAUGGAGGUCAAAGUGGUGCUCAAAUCCAACUUUAAGCCUUCGCUAUUGGGCCAGAAGAUUGAGGUGAAAAUCCCAACGCCACUGAACACCUCGGGUGUGCAAUUGAUUUGUCUCAAAGGCAAGGCCAAGUACAAAGCCUCAGAGAAUGCCAUUGUAUGGAAAAUCAAGCGCAUGGCUGGCAUGAAGGAGACACAAUUGUCGGCUGAAAUUGAAUUGCUGGAAACGGACACAAAGAAGAAAUGGACACGGCCACCGAUCUCGAUGAACUUUGAGGUGCCAUUUGCACCAUCUGGCUUCAAGGUGCGCUACUUGAAGGUAUUUGAGCCAAAACUAAACUACUCAGAUCACGAUGUGGUCAAAUGGGUGCGCUACAUUGGACGCAGUGGUCUCUAUGAGACGCGCUGUUAAAUGUAACAACAACGGAACGUAGUGGAAUAGAGUUGAAUUUAACAAACAAACUAAAAAAUUAACUAUUGAAAUACGUGUAAUUGCCAGCCCAAAUUGGUAUUUCCUCAAUCAAAUUGUAUAUGUAAAUGUCAAUGAUGUAUUCCAGUGGGGUGGCGCAAACCACCACUUACACUGUGCAGCAAAAGUAUACUUGAAAUUUUGAGAUCUUGAGAUGUAAGUUUCAAAAGACAACAAUUCAAUAAUUAUUAUAUAUAUAUUUUAUUUCGAAAAUGAUUGUUAUUACCACCUUUGUUAGGUUCUCAUUGCGGUUUGUUGUUAUAACAUUAUAAUUACAUAUAUUGGCAUUCCUUAGAUUUAUAGAAAAAAUCAAGAAAUUAACGUAAAAAAUUCGUUAAAAAUCAAAUGUAACUCUGAAUCGAUAUUGAGACAAUAUCAUCAUGAAAAUGUCAAAUGAUUUUAAUACUUGUAGCACAGUGUAAGUGAAGCACCCUCAUCUCGCUCUCUCAGCCUCUCUUUCUCCUCUACACAUAGCCACAGGGUCAAAUAACUUCGCCACAAAGAAGAUAACUCACAGAAUUGAAUUAGUAUAAAUUAUUGUAAAUCUUUUGCGGGAUAUCUCCAAUUUACCCCACUAGGCAAAAUUGAGUUUUUUUUUUCUUUUUAAAUAAUUGUAAACUAUUUUGUUUUUAUUUUAUGCGCCCUCCCCAAAUGCUUCUCAAAUCUCACACUCACGUUUUCACAACUCUUUAAAUAUUAUUUUGUCGUAUUAAUCCUAUUAUAUACAUACAUAUAUACCUAUUAUAUACAUAAAUAUAUAUACAUACAUAUAUAAUUUUCUGUGCAAAGAACAAAGAUCCAACUAAACGUAUUUAGUAGACCAAAACCUGUCUGUCAUUGCGAUAACUAUUGAUAUUCAAGUGUUAAUAAUAUUCGAAUUGUUUAAUAAAUAGCAUGAUAUAUAAAUAUAAA